AACUUAACUAUCGAUUUCAUAGUAAGCAAGACGAACUUCGAGAGAAAGUAUGUGAUUGAUUGUUUUCCGUGAAUGAUUAUGAAUAUUCUAAAACAAUUUUUUAUUCGUGCACUCAUGAAUUAAAUAUUAUAUCAGUGCGUGGAUCAUUAUACAUAACAAAUGUUUUAUUAAUAUUUAAUUAUAAAACGUUAAGAAAAGUAUUUUAUAAGAACAUGGUUUUAACGAAAGAAUAUCGAAUAUGUAUGCCUCUUACCACAGAAGAGUAUCGAAUUGGACAACUUUAUAUGAUAGCAAGACAUAGUCAUGAACAAUCAGAUUCCGAUGGUGGAGUUGAAGUAAUAGAAAAUAUUGAAUGCGAAGAUCCUGAACAUGGGAAGGGUCAAUAUACAGAAAAAAGAAUUCACCUCUCAAGUAAACUUCCUUAUUGGAUUCAAUCUGUUAUACCAAAAAUAUUUUAUGUGACUGAAAAAGCUUGGAAUUAUUAUCCAUUUACCAUGACAGUAUAUACUUGUUCUUUCAUACCUAAAUUUAAUAUAUCUAUAAAAACGAGAUACGAGGAUAACAAUGGUUCGACGGAUAAUUGUUUAGGUUUGUCUCCAAUAGAAAUUAUACAUCGAGAAGUUGAUUAUAUUGAUAUUGCCUAUGAUGAAAUAUCUGCAAAACAUUAUAAAGAGGAAGAGGAUCCUAAGUUUUUCCAAUCUAAACGAACAGGCAGAGGUCCAUUAGUUGAAGGUUGGCGCGAUACUGUACAACCAAUUAUGUGUUCUUAUAAAUUAGUUCAUGCUUCCUUUGAAGUGUGGGGUAUGCAAACUCGGGUAGAAGAUUUUAUACACAGGUGCAUAAGAGAUAUUUUACUAUUGGGUCAUCGGCAAGCAUUUGCAUGGAUCGAUGAAUGGUACGAUAUGACCAUUGAAGAUGUUCGAAAAUAUGAACAGAAAAUGCACGCAGAGACAAAUGAAAAAAUGAGAUUAAAAAAUCAGGCCAAUGAAAAUUCAUCAAAACCAGUAACUCCAUCGUCGUCGGUACCUUCAUCUCCUAAAUCACCAACACAGUCCAAUCGAUCGUGGUUUUCAUGGUCAUAGUCGAUAUUAUUAAAAAAUUAAAUCUCUUCAGCCAUGUACUAGCUGGUCCUGUAGCUACAGUACAAACUGUGCAAAUAAACCUUAGCAUUUUUAUGUACAUGUGUGUGUAUAUAUAUACAUAUAUAUACAUAUACAUAUAUAUAUAUAUAUAUAUAUAUAUAUAUAUAUAUAUAUAUGCUUCAACAAUAUAAUCAGGUAUCUUGAUUGUUUUAAUGUGUAGUAUCUGUAAAUUUUUUGAUCUUAGCACUGAUGUUAAAAGGAAAAAUAUCUUUAGUUUCUGAAUUUUGUUUUAAAUUUUACACAAUUAAUAUAAUAAAUGUUGUUGACGAGAUUAAAAAUAAUUUAAAAUAUGUUAUACUUUUUGUAAUUAAUUAUGAAAAGAAAAAGUAUUACAGAUAUAAUCUUUAGAGUUUAUGUAAUUCAUCAAAUUUGUUUUUUGUCUUUUUUUUUCUUUUUGUCUUUUUUUUUUUUGAAUGAUUUAGAAUAUUAUGUGUUCAUUGGCUGGCUACUUAAUC